GUCCCCCGUAUUGCUUUCGUCGGUUUCAUCUCCAUCCAGCUUUUCACGAUGAUGGGCCGCGUGUUCCCCCUCGAGAUCCCCACUAACCGUCCCACAGUUGAUGUUAUCCCAUGGGACCUCUCCAAAAUCUCUUUGAAGGAGAGCUACGUGAGGUUCAAGAACCCCUUGUCAGGAGGGGCUCAGGAACCUGAG